UUUAAAGAUAUAAAAUUUGUGGCCAAUUAAAAUCAUAUGUUGCAUAGAAUUCGUUCGUUAGAUUCGAUUUUUGAAUUAUAUGAGGAAAAUAUAAUACUUCUCUGAUAGAGCGCGCCACGAGCAUUCAUGUUGGUUGGGCGCGAUCGUGCGCAAAUGUGAACGAGUUUUCGUAGUCGGUGCGCGGCCGGCCGGUUGGUUUAUUUCGUGUGUUGUUGCGUAGUGCUGUCAGUUUUCGGUGGUAUUUAGUGUUGUCAAAAAAUCGAGCAGAACACGUGACGGCCUCAUCGGGCUAUUUCUCAACGGAUGUGCGUAGAUGAAUCACCUUUUCCUACAUCUGUCGCAACUGAGGUGGUGUUGGAUGUAAGUGUUCAAGAAAUACUCUCGAUGUUUAACAAAAAAGGUUUAUUUAACAAUCAACAGUCAACAAUCAACAGUCAACAGUCAACAGUCAACAGUCAACAAUCAACAGUCAACAGUCAACAAUCAACAGUCAACAAUCAACAGUCAACAAUCAACAGUCAACAAUCAACAGUCAACAAUCAACAGUCAACAAUCAACAGUCAACAAUCAACAGUCAACAAUCAACAGUCAACAAUCAACAGUCAACAAUCAACAGUCAACAAUCAACAGUCAACAAUCAACAGUCAACAAUCAACAGUCAACAAUCAACAGUCAACAAUCAACAGUCAACAAUCAACAGUCAACAAUCAACAGUCAACAAUCAACAGUCAACAAUCAACAGUCAACAAUCAACAGUCAACAAUCAACAGUCAACAAUCAACAGUCAACAAUCAACAGUCAACAAUCAACAGUCAACAAUCAACAGUCAACAGUCAACAAUCAACAAUCAACAAUUAA